GUUUAGAAGAAAGUUUAGUGGCCGCUCAAGAUGGCGGAUAUACGAUUUCAUAUAGAGAGCACUGAUGGUCCAGAAGAAGAGGACCAAGAAGAUGAAGGAUACGAGAUGGAUCAAGACGAGACGUCUUUACAUUGUUAUGCUUCCGCUGAAGAACCAAUGGGUCCCAUCAUUAGAAUGGAAAGGUUUAUGUUGAGCGACAUAAUUGUAAAUCGACAAAUGGCAGCUAGAUGUUGUCAGGACGCUUUGAGAGCGAGCAAGGCAAAGGAAGAAGUUUAUCAUGUGUUGAGACUGAUGGUUCGCCUAUCGGACGACAUUGAGCCAUCUGUUAGAGUGGAGCUGAUGGAGCAAGUACCACAUGUCGCUGUAUACUGUUACGAGCAUCACUCAAUGAUGGAAGCUGUACCGCAGUACAUUUUAUUCAUUGUGCUGCGGUUUUUGACUGAUUCGAACAAUCAGGUUCGUAAAACAAGUCAAGCGGCACUACUGGUUCUGUUGGAACAGGAAGUUGUGGAAAGAGAGGAUGUUGAGGAACAGGUUUGUCCUGUUCUUCUUCAGCUGACAGCAGGGGAGAGCAAUGAUGACUUCAGAUCUGAAGCAGUGGCUUUGAUGAGUAAGAUGGCUCCGCUUGUUGGAAGAGACAUCACAGAGAGAUACUUUUUACCAAGAUUUGAACUUCUUUGUUCUGAUCCUCUGUUCCAUGUCAGGAAGGUUUGUGCAUCAAACUUUGGUGAGAUGUGCAGUGUUCUAGGGCCAGAUGUGACCAGGGAGAGAAUGCUUCCAGUCUUCUUCAAACUGUGUCAAGAUGGAGUUUGGGGUGUUAGAAAGGCAUGUGCUGAAUGUUACAUGAGUGUGUCAAGUGCAAGCCUAGCAGAAACCAGGAAAACAGAGCUCUCUCAGUUCUUCGUUGGUUUGCUCUGUGACAAGUCAAGAUGGGUUCAAAUGGCAGCAUAUCAAAGUCUGGGACCAUUUAUUUCCACAUUUGCAGACCCAGCUGACAGUGGUUUUUACAUAAACGAGGAUGGUGUUUUGACUGCUUUAUCCGAGAGAGAGCUGGAAACCCCUCCUCCUUCCCCAACUAAAACAGAGGGAGAACCAACUGCCAGUGAAACUACCAGUGGUGAAUCUAAUGAAGAUGCGACUCUUUCGGAAGAAUCUCGUGAAGGAAACAAGCAUCAAACUGAACGACAGUCAUCACCUGAGGCUCGCACUACAGAUUCUGGUUAUAUUUCCCCUCCUGAAAUCAUGUCAAAUGAUCAAGAUCUACAGAAACAAUCACAUGACACACAAAACAGGGAUGUUGUUACUCAAACAUGUUCUAAAGAAUCAAGAAAUUGUGACAAGCACAUGACCACAGAUCUUGAUGAGGUUGACGAUAAGUACUUUGAUUCAUUUCUCUAUUGGAGGACUCCUUUACCUCAAGUUGAAUUAGAUGCUGAAGAUUUAGAUGUUGCAACUGUUGAAAAUGUUAAAACUGCAAGUGAUAAAUUAGACUUGAAACCUGGAGCUAAUGCACUGCAUGAAGGAGAAACAAGUGGCUUGCUGGAGACACAGUGUCAUAGCAACACCUUUAACCAACAUCAUCGUCAUCAUCCAAGGUUGGCUUUUGUGCAUGGUGAUGAUGACAGUGAUGAGGAAGAUGGUAUUCCUCUCUAUUCUCUCACUGAUGAUUUUCAUAUGGAUCAUGGUAUUGGGAGGUUUGAUUACGAUGAUUACAGGAAGCUUAAUUUAGCUCACACAUCUUCAUUUGAUGAUGACCUUCUUAUUGCCGAUCAUAUAACUGCUCCACCUGUGCAGCAUGUUAUUCCUCAAACUCUCCUUGAUCACUAUAUAUCCAUGACUGAACCAGCCAAAGCUCAAACUAUUGACACAGAGAUAGUGCGGCACUGUGCUUUCAGUUUACCAGCAGUGACACUUACACUGGGACGUAAAAACUGGCCAUGUCUGAGAGAUACGUUUGAAAUGCUUAUUGCAGAUAUGCAGUGGAAAGUUCGAAGAACAUUAGCAUUUUCCAUCCAUGAACUAGCUUUAGUUCUUGGAAGUGAAAUCACACGCAUUGAGUUAGUACCUACUUUUAACAGUUUCCUUAAGGAUUUGGAUGAGGUGAGAAUAGGUGUACUGAAACAUUUAGCAGACUUCAUCAAGCUUCUUCCAUCUGAUGUAAGCGGUGACUAUCUUCCCAUGCUAACAGACUUUCUCACAACAGAUAAUAACAGAAACUGGCGGUUUCGUUUUGAGCUUGCUGAGCAACUUAUGUCUCUAUGUGAGAUAUAUGAACCCAAACAAGUUUUGCAGUAUAUUUGUCCUAUUGCCAUUUCACUUGCCACAGACAGAGUGGCCGAUGUCAGAACGAUAGCAUUUAAACUGAUUGGUAUUUUACUUCAAAGGCUGCAUAGCUGCACUGAAGAUGGUCCGGCUCACAAGUUUGUGUGUGACAUCAUCAAUAAAUUUGCACAUAGCCCACAAUGGACAAGGAGACAAGCGUAUGCACAACUCUGCCAAAAUUUACUGGAAGAAAAUGUUGAAACGGGGGAACAGUUCUCCAAAGAGUUUUUACCAAGUUUGUUGUAUCUCCUAACGGAUCCUGUACCCAAUGUUCGACUCAGUUUAGCCAGGACUUUGUCACAGAGUGUUACAGUCUUAGAACUGUUCAAAGAGAAUGAUGCAGAGGGCAAAGAGACCAUUCUUUCUGCUCUGCAGAGGCUUCAAUAUGAUCCAGACAGGGAUGUCAGGUACUUUGCUGGGGUGGAGGAAGAUGCAUUGGAUCUUACUAAUGAGGGUCAAACGACAAGUUUGGAUACUGCUCAGGCUGAUUUGCAGGAAGUAAGCUGUGCCCUUGAAGAAGAUUGCGAACUUGAAAAUCUUACACCUGAUGAUGAAGGGGAAAACAGAGCCGAUGAAGUUAGCAUAAAUGAAGAAAAUAAAACUGAAACUUUUAAUAACACUGAACUGUUGGAGGACUUACAUCAGAAAACAUUAGAAGAGUCAUCAUCCUCUGGAACCGUAUUUGAUACAGAUUCUGAAAGUACAGCAUUUGAAUUUGAAGAGGAGGAAAGGAGGUUAGAUUUACAAUCUCAAGACGUCACAAAUACAGGUGACACAUCUGAAGAACUUCAUAAAGAUUUGAAAUCUGAUGGGGAGAAGGAACCUCAGUGCUCUUUUGAGGAGUUGAAUGAAUCGUCAGAUCCAAUAGAAGAAGCAGAGGGGGAAUGCUUUUGACGUAAAAUGACAUAUGCCAAUUGUACAUUUUCUAAGAUAUUUUGUGUAGCAAUCAAAUUUACACACAAGUGUGUUUGAAUUAUUGGAAAUCUGUUUGGUUGCUUUGUUUAAAUGAAUAUAGUAAUUGAGCAACAAGCAAUUGAGGGGUUCCCAAGGAGUUAUUUUUUAAUAUUAAUUAUAUUAUUAGGGUAGGUGUUAAUUUAUGGAGGUGAAUGCAGGUAAUAAAUAAUUAUCCAAUGUCAAUGAAAACUGCAUUUGUGAUGAAUUCCUCAAUGUAUUGUAUAUAAAAUGGAUUACCAUGAUCUUUUUCGUUCAGAUUUUCAGUUAGGCCUGUUGAUAUAUUUCAAAGAAUGUUUUUUCUGAAUUUUUAGACAUGUUGCCAAGUAGGAGUUUUUUUCUCCUUUCCUAGGCAGAAUGUACAUUCUAUUACUAAACUUAAUAAAUUCUUUAUCUUAAGCCAACUUUAUUUUACAGUGAUCAUAACAAUAAUUCCUAUUUCAGUUGCAGAAAAACUCCUAAUUUGUGAAACAUUUCUUGGAUUUUCCAGGCAGACCAAGUUAGAUGCAUAUUCCUUGAGCUAGACUGGAAGAAAUGUAUUUAAGUCUGGGUCAGAUCCUAUGAAAACACACAAUUCUUUUCAGAAUGUCUUUCAGAAAUAAAGCAAAGAUAAAAUAUAACCAAAAUCAGAAGUAGCAGUGUACCAUACUCUUAAUCGUCAUCUUGGAUGAAGGGAGAAGACAUUUUGAGAUCCAUUUUGUAAAGUUAGAAGUCAGUUGAGGGGUGAAAAGUGCAAAAAUAUUUUAACCUCUCAAAAUUACGCUUCAAUGAAACCAGAAGAGCCAUUGAUUUUAUUAAGAACCCAGGCUUGUCCUUAGUACACAAUCUUCUCUGGCAUUUUAGUCGUGGGAUUUUGGUUAUAGCUGGAGCUGAUCCUAUUGUGGUUUGCUUCAAAUUAGGAAUUGUGGAUGUUAUAUCCUACUUUUUCACCCUAUACACGAUGCAAAUUCUUACUUUGCAUAGCCUCUUUAUACUUAAAAUACUUGAAUUAUGGAGAUAGCUUUGGGUGUUAGUUUGUUUUCUUUUAAAUAUGAGGAGGAAUUGAAAAUUUUGAAAUGUGAUCCCAACGAUUUUCUUGUAGCUUUGUUCAGAUGCAAAUCAAGCUGAACCUUACUUGUUCUUUGAGAAAAGCCAUAGAGCUGAUAGUAAAAAGGAGACAAACUUUAUUGUGACAGUCCUACCCUUAAAUUUUUUCCUUUUGCAUUUAAAUAACCUUUGCCCCAAUAAUGAUGUGCACCCAGUUUCUCCCCAUUUUAAAGGGAGGUCAUCAUCAGUAAAUGCCAGGAGAAUUAAGGAAAUGAUCACCUUGUAAAAUUGAUCUGAUAUUCACAAACUCUCAUUGUUGUCGUUGUAAGAAAACGUAUAGUUACCAUUAAUGAGAGUUGAGAUGUCAAUGAACAGACUCGAAGGACAAUCAGAACCAGGCCUCCUCAAAAUUGAUUGAAGAAGUGACAUCAAACAAUGGGGACUUGAAUUUCUCAACAACACUGGCUUAGUUUGUGGAAUGAAGUGGCUUUGUUGUAUGUUAUGGUCAGUUUUGCAUCCAGGGUAGCCCCUUUUCUAAAAAAAGGUUUGGCAGUUGGCUUCUUUUUACAGGCAGUGUCCUCAAUUUUUUGCCCUUGGGAGAGAGAGUCAUGUUUGUUGGAAUAGGACAACUGCCACACUGAUCAGAGGGUUGCUUUGCAGGAAGUCAGAAAUUUCCAGUCUGUCACUUGUACUGAACUACAUUGAGUACCUCCUGCAAAAGCUAAUAUGGGAAUGUUUAUCUUCAGAUAGGAAUUUUGAGUUUGUCAUAGAAUUCAUUGGUUGAGUUACUAUAAUUAAUUUGAAAUACUGAAACUGAGCAUAUUCUUAAUUCAUUCCCUGAACUAUUUCCUCAAGUAGGGACUAUAAAAUUUAUACCAUUAAAAAUUUAAUUUUUGUAACUGCAGAUGUAAUGCCUAAAUUAUUUUUGGAUUGGAUGUUUGAACUGAAUGUCUGCAUUAAUUGUAAUAAACAAGAAUUUCUCACAGUAGGUAACUCUUUCAUAAAUAUUUCAUUUUCACAGUGACAUUGAAAGAACACUUUGGUAUUGAAACAACCAGUUAAAUACUGCUCCACAUACAGCACUGCCAAGUUAUGUGGGUUGAAACUGUUUGCUGAAUGGAGUAAUAUUGUAUCACAUGUUGAUGUUGAGUAUGUGCAAUUGAUUAAAAUCACAAACCAAUUUGUAUA